AAAACUGAGAAAACUUACAAAAACAAUAGUAACAAAAGUUUUAAUAAAGACAGCAUUCUAUUUAUUUCCCAAGAUAUUCAACUUCUUAUUUUGUUAGUUAAAUUCUUAAUUUUCUGAAACACCAAUUACUUUAUAAUACAUGUAAACAUAUAAAGAACGAUAGCUUGCAAAAUAAAACACUGAACAUCUCGAAAGUGAUACUUAAUUACAGAGAUCUCUAGUCAUUAAGACAUUUAUUUGCCAUUUAAUCUGUUAGCAACAUAUUUUAGCUAUAAAAGAUAAAAGCUACUCAAGAUUAUUGAUUGAAGUUUACUAACGAGAUUUAAUGCCAAUCUAGACAAGUGGAGAAAUGCCAAAAGCUUGUAUUGCAAAUAAUGGAUAAUAUUAACGCUGUGGAAACAUUCAAUAGAGGGUCUCUAGAGAAAAGAAAAUGUGAUAUAGAUAUAGAGAUGGAUUGAGGGGGCUGCUGCUUCAGUCAACCUAACCUGACGCGAUCAGCAGGCGGAUCUGGCGAGCGGACAGUGACAGACGUCAAGCGAGCACGUAUUCCUCUCGGCGCGUAUUUCUCUCAUCGAGUGUCGCGAAUGACUCGAUCGUAGCGUCGACGCGAAUUAUGGCGAAUCGUAAAAGGGCCGAUGAUCCAUGCCGUCGAUCGUUGCCGAAACGCCACUUGUGGUCCUCGUCGUCCGACGAGGAAGAGGAAAAAGAAGGGAAGACGGUAACCUCCUGGCCACCCUGCGUGGCAUGCAAAAACCCCUCGUCGCCAUCAGGGAACGAGAUCGUCUUCCCGUCCUCGUCGUCUGACGAGGAGAAGAUGACCCCCACUCGUUGCCGGGAUACUUUGGCCAAAAACAACCAGUCGCCGACGUCGGACCGUUUCGGCAGGAGUCGCAUCGACCCCGUCGAACAGUCAACAGGUCAAGAUCUGUCGUCGCGUCGCGACAACAACCCCUUCAGUUUUAAGGCCUUCCUGAAAAAUGGCAUUCAGCAAACAAACUAUCACAACACUGGGGCAAGGCCAAAGAUCUACUCGUCCUCCACAUCGAGUCCCAGCAGCAUCCUUGACAAGGACAACGCUGGCAGCGGUGUUUAUUCUGGCCGAAACCCAACGGAACUGCCAGACUUUGUGCAAGAUCAUUUGGUCAUUGAACAAUGUUAUCUGAAUCACGAGAACAAUCAACCUGUACUACCUGACGUGGAUAAUCUUCCAGAUUUUGCGUUGAAUAGUAUGGAACCAAGACAGUCUCGAUUGCGGAGCGAGACCAAAAAGAACGACUCCGAUGUCUUGUGCGACGAUCUACGAUCAUUUGAUCUCACUGAUACACUGCACAAAGGCUCGCCACACAGGGAUCAUUCUGUACAGAAUGCAAUGCAUUCGAAUCACUUGGACCUACCUAUGUUCGAGGAGAGACUUAAAGAGACCGCGUCCUCUCUUCCUCGCCCUGAACAUAGAGGAUUUCCAUUCGAUUUACCAUUACCCUUUCCCGACUCCAAUCCUAAUAUAAAUUCAAUCGCACGAGAUGAUCUUCCAUCAGGAGGUGAAACGAGCGUCCAUAAAUCUCUACCAGACUUUUUAAGCGACGGUCCUAUACAUAACAGAUCUACCGAUUCAGUACCUACUGCGAGUAUGGCAGAAUCUACAGAAAGAAGGCUUUUACUUGAGAACGAAAUAUUACGUCAGCAAUUGGAGGCAUCUCGAAGGCAACUUAGUGAAAAAAUGGAAAGAAUUCAUUUAUUGGAGGCAGAACUGUUAUCUAAAAAGGAAGUUGAACACGAAGAAACUGUGCACUUAGAAAAAGCGAUGGAACAAGUCGAAGAUAACUUAAAACGAAGUACAAAGCGAGCAGUUAAUGCCGAAAGCACUGUCACGUCAUUGAAGAAAGAGAUUAAGGUUUUAACAACAGAAAUAUCUCUGUUACGACUUGAGAACAGUGAACUUCGAACUAGUAUCUCGGCGGCUGGACAAAGUGAAUCGAACGCUAGUGCCGUUAAUAUGAAUCGCACGGUUAGAAGGCUCGCGCGUGAUUUAUUCGCAGCAGCAUCGUCGGCUGAAGUAUCCCUUAGACAAUUAAUGUCCGGCGUGGACAAUCUAAGAGUACUCGCAUCGACCCUUGAGAACGUGGACAGAAUAGAAGACUGGACCAAAGACUUUUUACCUGAUUCCGAUGAGGACAAUGCCGCCGGUCCUGCAGUAUAAUAGAAUUUUCUCUCUCUUUCUCUCUCUCUACAUAUAUAUAUAUAUAUAUUAUAUAUAUUCGUAUUUUCACACUAUUUCCCUUUUUAUCACUUCACCGUGUAUUCCAUCAAUUCGUAAUUUUGUGCAUCCAGAGAUGAUCCAUGCGUUGAUCGAUUCAACACAUUAAUGCGUUGCUGCGCAAUGUAUUGAUACAUUGAACGCAAUGAGAAUUCAUUAUCCAAUCGUUUCUUGUUAUCUACAUUCGUUGCAGAAUUUUUAAUUCCUAUCCCUCCUGCUUUGCCGCCCAAACAAACAUCCUAACGCAAGAUCGCUUUGAUCUGAACAUAUAAAUACAUAUUAUUUAUGAAAUACUCGUUAUAUUUUUGUAUUUGUGACAAUUUGUAAAAUUUAUGUUUAUUUCCACCAAUGCAGAUUAACAUUGAUCUCAGCAUAAUUUUUUAUCUUUUUCUACUUCUAAGAACUGGAAAGAGGUUAAGAGUAACACUAAGUUCAAAGUUAAUCUACAUUAGUGGAAAUGAAUAACAUUUAAUCAAAUUUAUGACGAUGCAAAAAUGCAGAUAGGCAUCUUCGACGAGAUCGUUAUCACGACCUUUCUCGUUUGAAGGAAUAUAUUUUUUUAGCUGUAUACGUGAACGAAAAAUGCGGAUUUAAGAAAUAAUCGGAAUCUCACGUGAUAUUAUCGUAAAACUGACAGACAUUAAAAGUAUUCGCCUGCAUGCAUCACGCAACACAGCACGUGAUGUAAAGCUAGAAUAUAUUUUUGACAAGAGAGAUAACGAGACUCUUACACCACGUAUACGAUAUGUAUGUACAUAUGAGGCUUUAAAUAGACAUACACACCAGAUGUACACUCAGUCCAA